GUCUGUGAGUGUGUGUGUCUAUGUCUGUGCGUGCGUGCCCCUGGCCCCAGUACCUGGCCAAGCCCACCUCCUCCACCUGGGCCCUAUAUCCUCACCAUGUGUGCCCCUCUCAUCGGCCCUGGAGCCUGUGCAGCCAAGCCACACUGCUGUCCCCGAGAGCUCUAGAAAGCUGGUCACUAACUUUGCAGACGGAUGAGCUCUGAGCAGCCAGAGGAGACCGGGGCUGUCAACGCUGCCCCCUGUCCUACCAGCGUGGAUCCCCUCACAGGGUCUUCCUAGGCUCGGGACUGGAACCCUGACCAUGGGACCUUGAAGUGGCUCUGACCUCCUCAGCUCAGUGGCAGACCCCACUCCCCCAGGCCCUUCCUGCCCCUCCCACAACCAGCUUGCCGGCUCCCACGGGGAGGGGUGGGGAGGGGACCCUGAUCUCACAGGGCAGGGGGCUUCCAUCAUGAUGCUCAACUCAGACACGGUGGAGCUGGACCUGCCUCCCACCCACUCCGAGACCGAGUCAGGCUUCAGCGACUGUGGGGGCGGGGCGGGCCCCGACGGGGCUGGGCCUGGGGGUCCCGGAGGGGGCCAGGCCCGGGGCCUGGAGCCGGGAGAGCCGGGCCGGAAAGACCCGCAGCACCUGAGCCGAGAGGAGCGGCGGCGCCGGCGCCGGGCCACCGCCAAGUACCGCACGGCCCACGCCACGCGGGAGCGAAUCCGCGUGGAAGCCUUCAACCUGGCCUUCGCCGAGCUCCGCAAACUGCUGCCCACGCUGCCCCCCGACAAGAAGCUGUCCAAGAUCGAGAUCCUGCGCCUGGCCAUCUGCUACAUCUCCUACCUGAACCACGUGCUGGACGUCUGACGCGGCCUGCCUCCGGCCUCGCGUGGGUCCCCCGGCCCCUCCUCUCCGCCCCUGCACCCCGGCACGGAGUCCCGCAGGCCCCGGGGGCAGGCAGGGUGCCCCCCCACCGCAGGUGCCCGCCGGCUGGCGGCUGGCGUGAGCCCGACCUCCUCUUACCGACUGGACCCCCGAGGGCGAUUCUCCUGUACCUCCCACCGAUUGUGGUUGGGGCCCAGCUGGUCAGAAAUGUUUGCCUGGGUGGUCGGUGCACAGUCCUUGCUGGGGUUCCUAAGCCGUCCCCCUAGCUCUCUCUCGGGCUGCUGCCUCUUCUACCCCUACGACCAAAUUUUCGGAGACCCCAGACUCUUGUCUGUCUCCCAUCCUCUUUCCAGCUUCUGCUGCCCAAGGGAAGGAGAAGCAUCCGCUCGGGAAGGGGAAGCCCGGGCUCCCGGUGAAGGGGGGCUUCUUCUCAGACAUCCCCGCCUAGCGCUGCGGGCCAGAGGGGGUGGGCAGGCAGGGGUCUCCUGAGACAGCUCCUGCCAGGGGAGUCUUAGUAGCCGGGAAUCACGGAAAAACUCUUCCUGUUUUCUCUCUCCUUCCUGAGGCUCCGCACAGACAGACCUCGGAUCUUACUUGGUACUGAGUGCCUUGCCCGCUCUGAGCUCCCUGUCCCUCCCACCCAGCCUCCCAAUUUUCUCCCUCCCUGUGCACAGCUGGAGAAAGGGAAACCUAGAUCCUGGAGGAGGGCAUGCUGGCCCCAGACUCAGCCCAGAGAACCAGCAGAGGGCCCAGGCAGUGGGUGAGCCCGGUCUCCCAUCUGCUUCCUCCGUCCCAGCCCACUGGGAAAAUGUGCAACACCCACCUGCCUUCCUCCCUCAGAUGCCCAGGGAAGUCUCUGUUACUGCCCUCUGGGAAUGCUCAGCUCUCUGGGACCUGGGGCCAGUUCAUUACAGAUAUAUUUUUUCUCCUUCCUUAAGCUUGCCUUCAGCAAGGGAAGACAAACCCCCACCCCGCCCCCCACUCCCAGGCUCUCUGCACCCCCCCAUGUUGCUUAGCCCCCUCUGCUCACUGCAGCCCAGGGUCAGCCGGGGAAUGAAGGGCCAGAGGGAGGGUGCAGAAGAGCUGAGCUCACUGCCCUUCCCGUGUUGCCUCUUCCCCCACACCAGGCUCCGCACUCUACAAGGAUAUUAUUUAUUUACGUAUUUAUUUAUUCCUCUAUUUAUUUACUUAUUUAUUUAUAAAUAUUACUAUUUAUUGCCGAGUUGUGCACUUUGGGGUAGAGCGAGGGGGCUCCUGGCAGUCCUAGCUGGGUCUCUCUUGCUUCCUCCCUGGUUACUCCUUUCCCUUUCUUACUCCUUCUGCAAACUCCAGGUGUGUGUGGGGAUCCAUCUGUACGGACACCCAGUCCUCUGGGAUGAUGCCCUUCCCCCAGCUCCAGCUCCGGGGCUCCUGGACCCUUCUGUAGCUCUCUCCAUCCCCAGACAGUUGCACCCCAGUCCUGCCUGCCUCUUUUCUCUCUCUAGCCCUCUCCCAUGACCUCUCACUUCUUCCUAAAACCCCCAACAGUGGGCCCUUGGGGUCUGUGUCCUGUGUCCUGUGUGUGAUCUCCUCCCAUUGCAUUUCUGAUUUCAUAUGAAAAGAAAAAUUAAAGUGACCUCGUUCUAG